AUGAUCGAAAUUAAUAAUAAAAUUGAUUACAUUUUCUAUACAAAUAAUACUCCAAACACCUAUAAAAUCCAAUUAAUUUUACUCGAAUUACAAAAGGAAUAUGGCAUUACUUUUGAAAGUAGAUUUAUUAAUGUAUUUAAAAAAGAAAAUUAUUCUGAUGAUUAUAUAAAGAUUAACCCAAAUAAAAAAGUUCCAGCAAUUGUUGAUCAAACUGGUGAAAAACCAUUUAUUGUUUUCGAAUCAGUAUCAAUUUUAAUCUAUUUAGCACAAAAGUUCAAUACUUUUCUUCCAGACUUUAAAACAAACCCACUUGAAAAUUCAGAAGUUAUUACAUGGACAGUUUGGCAAGCAGCUAACCUUGGACCAGCAUUUGGACAAUAUUUCCAUUUUUCAUUCUUUUCACCAACUGUUCAAGAAUAUUCUUUACAUAGAUUUAAUAAUGAAGCACAACGUAUUCUUAGAUUAUUAGACGAUAGAUUAUCAGAUCAACAUAUAUUGGUGGAAAUGAAUUUUCUAUUGCAGAUAUUGCAAGUGCAGGUUGGUUAUUAUACUUAAACUCUGCACCAUUAUAUAAUGCAACUAAAGAACGUUUCCCAAAUAUUUUUAAAUGGUUAGAUUUAAUCAAUCAAAGAGAAUCAAUUAAACAAGUAAAUCAAUCAAUUUCAGAUGGUUUUAAAAAUUUUAAUCCAAGUUUACUUCGUGCAUUAUUUACAAAUGAUCCAGAAUUAAUUAAUGCUAAAGCUCCAAUUGGUAUUGAAAAUGUUAUUUUAAAAUAUGAUUAA